AAGGUUUUAGUAAUGGCGACGAAGAAGAGCGAAAAACCCAGCAAAGAAUCAAAGACAAAGAGCAAGGAAGAACACAAGGAAAGCGAGAUAUUCGCGUCAUGCUCUUUCUCCAGCCUCGGCCUCCACGCCACCUUAUGCGACGAGCUCCGAGAAAGGAUGGACUUCGAAGCUCCGACGCUGGUACAGGCCCAAGCGAUUCCAGUUAUUCUCUCUGGCCGUCAUGUACUUGUUAAUGCUGCUACUGGAACGGGCAAAACUGUUGCGUAUUUGGCUCCUAUUAUUCACCAAUUGCAGGAGCACGAACCUCGUAUUCAGCGGUCUGAUGGGACUUUUGCGUUGGUCCUCGUUCCAACGCGGGAGCUGUGCAUGCAGGUUUAUGAAGUAUUGCAAAAGUUAUUGCACCGUUUUCAUUGGAUUGUUCCGGGCUAUAUAAUGGGUGGUGAGAACAGGUCAAAGGAGAAAGCCAGGCUGCGCAAAGGCAUAUCUAUACUUGUUGCAACUCCCGGGCGCCUUUUGGACCAUUUAAGGCAUACAUCAUCAUUCUUGCACACUAACUUGCGUUGGAUAAUCUUCGAUGAAGCAGAUAGGAUUUUGGAAUUAGGAUUUGGGAAAGAAAUAGAGGAAAUAUUAGAUAUCUUAGGUUCAAGGCAUGAUGCGUCCGCUGACAAGGAGAUUGCUGAGUCAUAUAUUUCUGAUCAUCCUAGGCAGAAUGUUCUAUUGUCAGCUACCUUAAAUGAAAAAGUAAAUCAUCUUGCCAAAAUAAGUUUAGAGAAUCCUGUUAUGAUCGGCCUUGAUUACAAGAAAAUGCAGCCAGUGUUAUCAUUUAAAGAUUUUGGUUCAUUGGGAUCUGAUGCAAAUUAUGAAUUAGAACAUCCCGUGAAAAUGAUGAGCCCUUCAAAUGGAGAUUUUAGAGUUCCAGCUCAAUUAGUUCAGAGAUAUGUGAAAGUGUCCUGUGGCUUGCGGCUUGCUGUACUUCUUUCCAUUCUAAAGGAUCUUCUUGAGAGAGGAACUUCCCAAAAGAUUGUGGUAUUCUUUUCAACAUGUGAUGCUGUAGAUUUUCACUAUUCUCUUCUAAGCGAGUUCAAAUUCACACCUCAUCCACAGCCAGAAGAACAACUUAGACAGAUGUUUGUUGGAUGCAAAGCUCUUCGGUUACAUGGGAAUAUGAAGCAGGAGGAUAGAAGAACCGCAUUUCAGGCUUUUAAAACAGAAAAAUUGGCUCUUCUCUUGUCCACAGAUGUUGCUGCUAGAGGCUUGGAUUUUCCAAAAGUUCGAUUCAUCAUACAAUAUGAUUCUCCAGGAGAGGCCACAGAAUACGUGCACAGGGUUGGUAGAACUGCUCGCCUGGGUGAAAGAGGAGAUUCAUUGUUAUUUUUGCAACCGGUUGAAAUGGAUUAUUUACAGGACUUGGAGAAACAUGGCAUAUCACUAACUGAGUAUCCCCUCCUUAAAGUAUUGGAUAGUUUUCCAUUGUACAAUGAGAAACGCCAUGUCAAGAAGGUUCUCGACUUGGAGUCUCAUCCCUGGGUACUACUUCUGCAGAAGGCACUUGAAGCAUUUAUACUGGCCGAGCCAAGGAUGAAGAAACUGGCCAUAACCACAUUUUGCUCUUGGGUCCGAGCAUAUGCCGCCCAUCGUGGUGAGCUGAAGAGAAUUUUCAUGGUGAAGAAACUUCACUUGGGGCAUGUUGCGAAGAGCUUUGCACUGAAAGAACAACCUUCCUUAGUUGGAAAGUCAUUCCAAAAAGAAACAAAGAAGAGGAAGAGAGAUGAAAAGCAAAGGGGACUAUCGAAAAAGAGGAAGUUUUCCCGCAAAACGUUGCGGCAGAAAAUAUGAAACAGCAACAAUAAGAAUCAAAAGUUAAAGAGGGAUAAGCCGUGCCUGAAAGGAUUUGUGUGGGCAGUAGACAAUGGCUGAGCCGGAGCGACUGGAUGCCGAGGGGUAAGGCCUAAGGGACUUGAGGUAGGUCAUUGAUUUUGUGUGGUUCAUUUGCAAAAGGCCAGAGCAAUCAAAUAUAACUACUACAGUUAUGUAGUUUUAGCGUAGUUUGAGAGUUUGUAUUGAGAUUUUGAUGAUUGAAGUUUUGACACAGAAACAAAGAGUAUUGUAGUUCCCAACCAUGAUAAAUGGUGAAUACACCAAGUAUUUUGCCAAUGAUUUUUGCA